AUGCGCGGCCCCCCUGCCUGGCCGCUGUGGCUGCUCGUGGGGCGGGCGCGGGCCGCUAGCGCCUGGAGCCCCGUGGUCCGCGCCGCGGCGCCCCGGCCUCUGCCGACGGGCCUGGGGCCGGCGCGACCUUGGGGCGCGGGGCCGGGGCUCCUCGGGGGCGCCGGGGGCGCGCGAGGCCCGCGCCGCUGGACGAGCAGCUGCCCGGGCGGGGGUCCCGGCGGCCCCGCGGCCGGAGCGGGCCUCGCGCGGCUCCUGGGGCAGUGGGCGAGGCACCCCGGGGCGCGCAGGUGCGGCGCGCUGGUCGUGCCCGGCGCUCCCCGGCUCCCGCGCGCGGGGCUCCCGGGCGGCCCAGCCGUCUCCGCCCCGGCCGGGGGCGAGGCCUGGCGGCGCGGGCCGGGGGCGCCUGCGGCCGCGGCUGCCGCCGAAGACAACCCUGGGCUUCCCCCCGCGGCGGCCCGGCGCUCGGACGCCCAGAAGCUGCUGCGACUGGCGUACCCGGAGCGCUGGAGGCUGGCAGCUGCAGUUGGGUUUCUGGCUGUGUCAAGUGUCAUCACCAUGUCUGCACCCUUCUUCCUGGGGAAGAUAAUCGAUGUCAUUUAUACAAACCCCACUGGGGACUACAGCAGCAGCCUGACCCACCUGUGCCUGGUGCUCAGCGGUGUGUUCCUGUGUGGUGCUGCUGCCAAUGCUGUUCGUGUCUACCUCAUGCAAACUUCAGGUCAGCACAUCGUGAAUAGGUUGAGAGCUUCACUGUUCUCCUCUAUUCUGAGGCAGGAAGUUGCUUUCUUUGAUAAGACCCGCACAGGAGAGUUGAUUAACCGUCUCUCAUCAGACACUGCACUCCUGGGGCGCUCAGUGACUGAAAACCUCUCCGAUGGGCUCAGGGCCGUGGCCCAGGCUUCCGUCGGCAUCAGCAUGAUGUUUUUUGUCUCACCUACUCUGGCCACAUUUGUUUUGAGUGUGGUGCCUCCAAUAUCCAUCCUCGCUGUAAUUUAUGGACGAUAUCUACGGAAACUGACCAAAGUCACACAAGAUUCCCUGGCACAAGCCUCUCAGCUAGCUGAGGAACGAUUUGGAAAUAUAAGAACUGUUCGAGCUUUUGGAAAAGAAAUGACUGAAAUAGAGAAAUAUAACAGCAAAGUAGAUCAUGUGAUGCAGCUAGCAAGGAAGGAGGCAUUUGCCCGGGCUGGCUUCUUUGGAGCAACUGGGCUGUCCGGGAACCUGAUUGUGCUUUCUGUCCUGUACAAGGGAGGGCUGCUGAUGGGCAGUGCCCACAUGACUGUGGGUGAACUCUCUUCCUUCCUGAUGUAUGCUUUCUGGGUUGGAGUAAGCUUUGGAGGUCUGAGCUCCUUCUACUCGGAGUUGAUGAAAGGACUGGGUGCCGGGGGACGCCUCUGGGAGCUCAUUGAGCGAGAGCCUGAGCUUCCUUUCAAUGAGGGGGUCAUCUUAAGCGAGAAAAGCUUCCAAGGUGCUUUGGAGUUUAAGAACGUGCAUUUUGCCUAUCCGGCUCGCCCAGAGCUGUCCAUAUUCCAGAACUUCAGCCUUUCGAUCCCAUCAGGAUCAGUCACAGCACUGGUUGGCCCAAGUGGUUCUGGCAAAUCAACAGUGGUUUCCCUCCUCCUGAGAUUGUAUGACCCAGUUUCUGGAACUAUCAGUCUUGAUGGCCAUGAUAUCCGCCAACUAAAUCCCGUCUGGCUGAGAUCGAAGAUUGGGACAGUGAGUCAGGAACCAAUUUUGUUUUCGUGCUCAAUUGCUGAGAACAUUGCUUAUGGUGCAGAUGACCCUUCAUUGGUGACUGCUGAGCAGAUAGAGAAAGUGGCUGAUGUAGCCAAUGCAGCUGCUUUCAUCCGAAAUUUCCCUCAAGGAUUCAACACUGUGGUUGGAGAAAAGGGCAUUCUCCUUUCAGGUGGCCAGAAACAGCGGAUUGCAAUUGCCCGUGCUCUGCUUAGGAAUCCCAAAAUUCUUCUCCUAGAUGAAGCAACCAGUGCAUUGGAUGCUGAAAAUGAGUACCUUGUACAAGAAGCUCUAGAUCGACUAAUGGAAGGAAGAACAGUGUUAAUUAUUGCUCAUCGCCUUUCCACCAUCAAGAAUGCGAAUGUGGUAGCUGUUCUUGACCAAGGAAAAAUUACUGAAUAUGGGAAGCAUGAAGAACUGCUUUCAAAACCAGAUGGGACAUACAGAAAAUUAAUGGGCAAACAAAGUUUUAUUUUAGCAUAAAGGAGCAAUUGCUGGUAAAUUGAAUGAGACCUUAAUGCAAAACAGCAUUACAGAAAGAAAAAGAUUAUAUGAAAUCCGUAAAUCAUACUUCAAGUUGUUUGAAAUAUGCCUAUUUUAUCCCAAGUGUGUAAAAUAAUUGUUUUGAGAUACUUUCCUCAAGACCUUUUUAUUCAGCAUUUUAAUAAUCAUGACUUUUUAAAUGUCUAUACCACUGAAGUUAUUUUCAGGUUUUGUACUUUCUUUUUAUCUUGGAAUAUUUUAAGUAAUGUAGGAUAGCACAUCACUUUCUUUUUCCUGCUGUUAAAGAUUGAAGGUAUUGUCAAAUGACAACUUUUAAAAGGGAAUUAUAAAUAAAAUGCCUAAUUGUUUUAGGCCAGUUUACCAAUCUCUGUGUAACUCUCUUGGUGUAUUCUACCUACUAUAGGUCUAAUUUUACUACGUAUGUAAUAGAAGACACAAAUCUAACUAUUUUAUCCUGAUAACCUUAUGAAACAUACAUAGGAGUAGUUAAUGUCACAAGGUGAGAAGAGACAUUUUAUAUUCCCUGUCUCCUGUGUCUUCAGAGGUGUGAGAGUUUAGGUAUGUUUCUCUGGGAUGAGACUGUGUUUGUAUGUAUGUGGUUUUCAACAUUUUGGGCAUUUGUGAGUCCAAUGAAUUUAAAAAAGGAAAGAGUGCCUUUGAAUAGAAAAGUUCUAUUUUCAUCAUUUACUUAUGUGUUUCUAUUAGUAUAUUGGGAAGGGAAGUGUGAACUGCCAUUUGCUAUCAAGAAAAAUGUGAAACUAUAUUUAACACAUAUGUUGUCUGAAGGCAUAUAUUUUGAAAAUUUAUACAUCAUAAAAUGUAUAAUUUCCAGUCAAAUUUUACAACUUUUUAUCAGAUAUUUAAAUACUUUUGGAAUUUCAUUCAGUGAGGUUAAAAUAUGAAUAAAUAACUAAUUUUCAACCUUAAACAUUUGAAGAAAGUUUAAAAGUUAUUGCUAGUCUACAAAAUAUCAACAAAUCUUAAGAACUCUUUAUUUUUCUGAAGUAGAAUGGUUACUAAGGUUAUAGUUUUAUUCCUUUUCACCUAGAUGUCUCAAAAUUCCUAAAGGAGUGCUGAUAACCAUUGGAUUUGUCAUAUUUCAUAUCAGUGCUGUUAAUUUGCUGUUGCCUCAAGAUAAGGUGCUUUUUAUAAACAGUAAUGAUGCCAGAACUUCAGUAAUAACCAUAUUGAUGUGAUUAAAACUUGAUGUUUUUUCUCAUGUACUACAUAUUCAUUAAUUCCCUGAUUAUGCUGGAAGAAGAAACCACUAUUUUAUGAUAAACAUGGAGUAUUAUAUUUCAUUCUAUAUAAGGGAAUUUAUUAAUGAAUAAAGUUCAGUGAAAGAAUGAACUGAGUGUUCUUUGAAUUAGUAAACACUGUAUCUGUGACAAUCAUUUUAACACAAGUUUCAUUUGUAUUCUUUAUACAGUUUGCUAUUAUGGUGUGAGUCUCAGAAAGGAAACAAAAGACAAUUAUAGGGUUGGAUCUGAGGGAAAUGUCUAUGUGCCAUAGAAAUAUUUACAAACAUUGAAUUUGAUCAUUAUAUUUUAUUUUCUAAUAAAGAUGUUCAGUUU